AUGCCUCCUAUUGCAUCGGAAGAGACGUCUUCAAGGCCGCCUGCCGCGUCUCACACGUCCACUUCGAGAGCUCCUACCACGGCGCAAAAUGGUCACCGACCCACCCAUGUGGGCAGCAGAGGGCAUCCUCGUGUGUUCGGACCCACAGCUGUGAUUCAGUUAGGCACUCUGAGCAGCGCGCAGCUUCAAGAUACGCGCGCCUUGGCUGGUAGUCUCCGCGAGGAGUUUAAUAUGUAUGGCUUCAAAGUGCGACAUGUGGAUGUCAAGGCGCAAAAGAGCAUUGCGUUUAUCGAGUAUGAGACGAUCGAAGGUGUUCGGGCUGCCGUUGCGGCGUGGGCGAACGGGGCGCGCCAGGAAGGCGCGUUUGCUGGUAUCCCCCUGAAUGUGACGGAGAAGCGCCCGUACAACAAAUGGCGUCCUGGGAGUGCGCGGGGCGGAAGAGGUGGGGCUCGGGGCGGGCGUCGCAACCGACCUGCGUCAACCCCUCUCAGUUAA